AUGUCAGGAAAUAAGUCACUGCGGAAGGCGCAGAAAGAUGCCAUCUUGACCAUGUUGAAUCUGAAUGCACCUCUUCCAACUGAGAAAUCACUCUUACUGGCAAGCGACCUAGUAUGGAAGGUCCUCAUAUACGAUACUCCCUGUCAAGAAAUCAUCUCUCCUCUUCUCAAAGUCAAUGAACUACGUGAAUAUGGAGUCACUGUUCACAUGCAAGUGCUAUCGACUGUUGAUUUGAUUGUUGGAGCUGUUGGAACUGUGGCUUGUUUUGUGUCCCUUGACUCAAACACGUCACUCAACUCUUCUCGAGAUCCAAUACCUGAUGUGGCUGCGGUCUACUUUAUACAGCCUACAGUCGAAUCAAUCAAGAAACUGACUGAGGAUAUAUCGAAAAAGUUGUAUGAUUCCUACUACAUCAACUUUGCUACUGUCGUGCCCAGAUUCUUGUUGGAACAGCUUGCUAGUGCUGUUGUCUCUGGUGGCUUGGCUAAUCAGAUUGCUCAGGUGUAUGACCAAUAUCUCAACUAUAUAUGUCUGAGCCCAGAUCUAUUCACCCUCAACCUCCCAGACACAUAUGCCAAACUCCACAGCCCAACAUCUCCAGACUCGCUCAUAGAAACACUAUCAGAUCGAAUAGCAUCGUCCCUCUUUUCCGUAUUCGUCACUUUAGGUGUCAUGCCAGUGAUUCGUGCACCGAGUGGAAACGCUGCUGGAAUGAUUGCUGCUAAAUUAGAUGAAAAGUUUAGAGAUUCUGUGAAUAAUAGUCGGAAUAGCUUGUUUAGUGGUGAAGCUGGUGCUAUCAGACCAGUAUUGAUAUUACUUGAUCGGAAUAUGGAUUUGACAACCAUGCUACAACAUACGUGGACGUAUUCGACAUUGGUGCAUGAUAUCUUGGAGAUGAAGCUGAAUAGAGUCGUGGCUGUUAUGGAUGAGAAUGGACGCAAAGUCAAAAAAGUGUUUGAUAUAGACCCAAUAGACUUUUUCUGGAAGAAAAAUGCUGGCACACCGUUUCCGAAAGUCGCAGAGGAUGUCGAUGGUGAAAUCAAUCGAUAUAAAAAGGACGUAGAUGAAAUCACCAAAUCAGGGGGUGUCUCAUCAUUAGAAGAGUUAGAUCCCAAUGCAUUCGGUGCCAAAGGAUUAAAAGAUGCCAUAUCCGCACUCCCAGAACUGACAGAGCGCAAACGAAUCAUUGACAUGCACAUGAAUCUCGCAACCGCACUAUUGAAAUCCAUUCAAGAGCGAUCUCUUGAUACAUUUUUUGAAAUGGAAGAGACAAUAACACGACAGACUAAAGCCCAAAUCCUGGAAUUGAUUAAAGAUGUCAAGAAGGACGUGACUGACAAGUUACGAUUCUUUCUUGUUUGGUAUCUUAGUGUUGAAGAUGUAUCGGGGUCUGAUUUGAGUGAAUAUGAGGUUGCGUUGACUGAGGCUGGUGCUGAUUUGGUUGCUUUGAAUUAUAUCAAGAAGAUCAAGUCAGUGCAAAAGAUGACUGCUGCCGCAGCAGUAGCUAGUAGUAAUUCAGGAGUUGGACAAUCAGUGACGAAUGAUUUGAUCGCCAACUUUACAUCUAUUGGGAAUCGGUUUACGAAAGAGUUAGCAGGAACAGGAAGUUUCGAUACACUUAUAUCAGGAGUGAAGAAUCUCCUACCGAUUCGCAAAGACAUCUUUGUGACUCGGACUGUUGAAUCACUUAUGGAAGGAUCACCGUCGGAUACCGACGACUAUCUAUACCUAGAUCCCAAGUCACCUCGCAAUACCAAUACCGGUAGCUCACGUGGUGGAAACAAGGGGUUACAAAGUCGAAUGAUGGGAUUCAGUGAAGCAAUAGUGUUUGUGGUUGGAGGAGGAAAUUAUCUCGAGUAUCAGAAUUUGGUUGAAUGGGCAUCACGUGGCAUUGGAUAUGGAGGAGUGAAGAGGCGAGUGAUGUAUGGAUCUACUGAAUUGUUGAGUGGGAAAUCCUUCCUUUCUCAACUUGGUCAACAAUGA